AGGAAGUGACGCGAGCGGCGGGCCGCGAAACCUUAGGAAGAUUCCUUGCCACGUCCAACCUCUCCUGUCUUCUCGACAUGCACUCGACACUUCGAUGGAAGACGUCAAAUAAUGGAGCUGAAGGAUCUGCCGUUGGUGCAGAGGUUGGCCCUGCCCGCCGUCUCCUCCCUGAUCGCGUUCUUGGCCUACACUUCUCAAUGGCUGUUCCACCGCAUCGAGCCAGGACCACUCUCUUCAGGAGAAGCAUACAUCUUCAAUGCUCUGGUGGCUUGUAUUUUCAUCUGCUACUGGAGAACAUGCCUCACAGAUCCAGGCACAAUACCCAAGGACUGGCAUGAGUCACUAAGUGGCCAAGAGUCAAAUGCCAAACAGACCGCAACCAAAGCCGCAGCCCAGAGCAAUCGUUGGUGCAGACGAUGUGAGGCCUUCAAGCCGCCAAGAGCGCAUCACUGCAAAACGUGCAAGCGAUGCAUUAUGAAGAUGGAUCACCACUGCGUGUGGACUGCCAACUGUGUCUCUCACAUCACCAUUCCACACUUUAUUCGAUUUCUGUUCUAUGCUGUGGCCUCCAUGUCAUUUCUGGAAUAUUUCCUCUUCCUUCGAGUGGCUCCUAUAUGGGCCAAAAGGAGUUUGCCAAGGUACCUUGGACCUUUCGUUCUCCAGCUCAGCCAUAUAUUCGUCCUCUUUGCAGUCAACAGUUUUGUUCUGUUUGCUCUUACGCUUCUACUUGGUCGUACCUUGUGGUCGCUUGCAGUAAAUACAUGGACCAUCGAGGGCUGGGAGAUUGAAAGACACGAUGCUGUCCUCAGGCGGGCCCGCGUCCUGGGUGGGUAUCUCGAAGACCCGGAUGGAAACAAGAUCUUCAUUGAGCACCAGGAAUUCCCAUGGGACAUCGGCAUCUGGGCCAACAUUUGUCAAGGCAUGGGCAGCGCGAAUCCUUUGAGCUGGCUAUGGCCUUUCUCACGAAGCCCAAGUACAGAGACUGGGCUAUCCUAUGAGCACAAUGAGAUCGAUGAUCCUAGUAAGCCGUGGCCACCGCCGGAUCCGGAUCGUCUCUUCCGUGCUGAACGCAAACCGCUGGUUGGUGACGGCUUUACCAAAUCAUGGGACAUCAAUGAUUUCAAAGAACGUCAAGCGGCGGAUCUUGCGCGCUAUACAGACGGCGACGGCGAGUACGUAGUUCGUCGGCGACCCUUCCAUGAGCGACUAGAGGCUUCCAGACAGAGCGAGAGGAUCUACGAGGAUGAGGAUGCAAUCGGUACAGAUACAGAAUCUGACGAGGAAGACGUCCGAGGCAGACCAUCGCGACGUGUCGACGAAGGGGAGGAAGCAUGGCGGAACAAGGAGGGUGAGCGAUUGGCAGACUUUGGUGUGGAUGAAGUGGCCGACUUUUACGACGAGGACGAUGUGCCUCUCGCAGAACUAAUUCGACGACGGCAACUUGCUUGGGAUCGAGGCUUGGCAUCGGCCUCCGCAUCUCAUCAUCGCUGGCCGUCGCGAAGUAGCCGCAAUUCAUCGACGUGUCUGCUCACCAUCGGCAUCAUCACGCUAUUGUCGCGUCGCGGCCACGCGCAGAACUCACCAAAGAUGGCCGAGAACGUGCCACCGAACUCGGCGCAGUCCGCGACCGCUGCAGCAGACCAACCUGGCCGACCAUAUUACGAGUCACUUCGCUCAACGCUUCGCCAGACACUCGACAAGAAACGAAAAAUGGACGAGCAGCUUGCGGCGCUCGAGGAGAAUAUCUACAAGACCGAAGGCGCAUAUCUUGAAGAGACGGCCAAUUCAGGCAACAUAGUACGUGGCUUCGAUGGCUGGGUCAAGGGUGUUCAAAUCGGCACUCGCAGCGCUGUGGAUGGGUCGAGACGUGGCGGAAGAGUGAGAGAGGAAGACCGUGUGUUUAGUCGGAGUAGUGUCAGUUGGAUGCGCCUCCAGGAAGGACCGGACAGUGGUACUCCGUCUCAUGCGCCGACGCCAACAGGACAAUUUCCGCCUCAGCUUUCAGCUCGAGAUAGCAAUGCGAGUACCCCUGCUGCGGGCUCUGGUAAAGCCCAAGGCAACAAGAAGAAGAGACCGACAGAUAAGGAUGAUGAGGAUGAUCUGAAGCCGUCGAAACGUCACAAGAUCACUUACAGUCGGGAGUAGCCUGGCUCUAUGAACGAGCUGUGAGUUGGAGCGUUCUUAGCGAGGCGUUUGGAGUACAUCACAGAUACCCGGCAUUAUCAAGACACUUUUUUUGCUUCGAUAUCAGCGAGCACUGCAGAGGACUCAGACCG